CACCACUUUCGUCGUCACUGUGUUCAUGGUCCCUACCGAUGUCAGCAACAACCUUGGCCAGCCUAUGAAAGGCUCACCCGCCGUGCUUUCCUCUUCUCAGCAACCAUCCACUCUCCUCGCCAAAUUCAUCGAAAGCAACAGGGAGCUCGAAGUCUACAAGACAGGAAAGACCCCAGUCAGGGUCGAUGGCUCUACUUUAUCCAUUGCCGCUGUAGCUGCCGCCGCCAGGUAUAAUGUCAAGGUCGAGCUCGACAACUCGCCCACCAUCAAGUCACUUGUCCUCAAGAGCCGCGCCGUUAUUGCUGAUAAAGUCGAAAGUGGCGCAAGUGUUUAUGGUCUAUCAACUGGCUUUGGUGGCAGCGGUCAGCUCAAAUCAGUCUUUUGUGUAUGACCUUUGAGCUCACACAUAAUCCAGCGGACACCAGAACCGAUCAACCCCUGCUUCUCGGCAAAGCCCUCCUCCAACAUCAGCACACUGGUGUUUUGCCCUCUUCCUUCAAAGCUCUUGAGCUUCUCCCCCUCUCGGAUCCUGUCGCAUCGACCAGUAUGCCCGAGUCGUGGGUUCGAGGCGCAAUGUUGAUUCGCCUGAACUCACUCAUUCGUGGUCACUCCGGUGUGAGGUGGGAACUACUCGAAAAGAUCCAGCAAAUUAUGAACGCCAACAUCACUCCGUUCGUUCCCCUACGUGGCAGUAUCUCGGCCUCUGGUGAUUUAUCACCUCUCUCAUAUAUCGCUGGAACUAUCAUUGGUAACCCCUCGAUCCGGGUAUUUGAUGGACCUGCAGCUAUGGGUGCUCGUACCAUACGACCUUCGAACAAAGCAUUAGCCGAUCACGAUAUUCAGCCUAUGCCCCUUGCUUCCAAGGAGCCUCUGGGUAUUGUCAACGGCACCGCGUUUUCGGCGUCUGUCGCUGCUUUAGCCCUCAAUGAGGCGGUCCACCUCGCCCUUCUUAGUCAAGUUUGUACGGCAAUGGGCACCGAAGCCCUUAGUGGCACGCGAGCAAACUAUGACCCCUUCAUCCAUGCCAUUGCCCGUCCUCAUCCCGGUCAGGUUGAGUUCGCCAAUAAUGUCUGGAAUCUACUUGACGGUAGUAAACUGGCUCACCUUGGCGAAGAAGAGGUAUCCCUUCAAGAUGACAAGUAUUCUUUACGACAAGAUCGAUACCCGCUCCGUACUUCCCCUCAAUUCAUUGGACCACAAAUUGAAGACCUUUUGUCGGCUCUCUCCGCCGUCACACAAGAGUGUAACUCGACUACCGAUAACCCACUAAUCGAUGGAGAGACAGGUGAAAUCCACCACGGUGGCAACUUCCAGGCUAUGGCUGUCACCAAUGCUAUGGAGAAAACUAGACUCGCCCUACACCACAUUGGGAAGCUCAUCUUCGCUCAAAGUACCGAACUCGUCAACCCAGCGAUGAAUCGAGGCCUCCCUCCGUCAUUAGCGGCUUCUGAUCCCUCUCUCAACUAUCACACUAAGGGAGCCGAUAUCGCAACGGCGGCAUACGUUGCGGAGCUGGGCCACUUGGCAAACCCCGUCUCGACCCAUGUCCAGUCUGCCGAAAUGCACAAUCAAGCUGUCAACUCGUUGGCGCUCGUGUCUGCAAGAGCCACUAUCAGCUCACUUGAAGUCCUCUCUCUCCUGACAUCCACCUACCUCUACAUUCUUUGCCAAGCUUUGGAUUUACGUGUCCUCCGCGUCGAUUUCGACGAAGGCUUUGAGCGAAUUGUCGCUGAUGAGCUCAGACUUGUCUUCCGUUCUCACUUGGACGCUUCAAGACAGUCUAUGUUCGGUUCGAAAGCCCUCAAAAUAAUGUUCCAGACGCUCGACCAGACUUCCACAAUGGACGUUGCAGAUCAAAUGAGCGCAGCAGCGGCGUCCAGCGUCCCCAUUCUGACAGAGCUUUUCCUGCAGACGGGUAGCGACGGCCCAGGAUUGUUGUCAUCUAUCAGCACUUUCCGUUCGAAUGUUGCCUCGAGGGCUACAACACUCAUGAACGAACUCCGAAAGGUCUAUCUGUCCGGCGAACGUGGUCCUGCACCUGCUUCACCCCAUCUCGGCAAGACCAAGAUGAUUUACGAGUACAUUCGUGUUGGUCUCGGGGUAAAGAUGCACGGAUUGGAGAACUUUAAUUCGUUCUCAAGUGAGAUGGGUGAAAAUGAUACGAUUGGACAGCAGAUUUCAACUAUUCACGAGGCGAUCCGUGAUGGCAAGAUGCAAAAAGCAGUUUUAAAUUUGUUCUCUGGCCUUGGCACUCAGACUUUCCACAACGUCGGUCAACCAUAUCAGAGGCUACCUCGUGUCCACACUCGUCUAUAGAAAACCAAACUUGUAUCGCGAUACCUGAAUACCUACCGCU